UUUUAUGUAACAUAAGUAUAGAUUUGUUAAAUGAUGAAGUUAUGGUCCUGUCAAAUAUAGAAAAUCGAUCUACGUGGUGUAAUCAUUAACCAACCUGCUGUUGUGAUUGUUUGACAAAAUCGAGUAAAAGAGUUUCUUGUUACAUGGUGUUAUCAUCCGUUCCCUCCAAUCGCAGCAUUCGGCAAGGCUCUAUGAAAUCAAUAAGAGGAGUGACGAGUCUACCGCUUCGUUGGUGCAUAGGAAGAUUUAGUUGUCCGUAAUGUGAACUGACCAAGGCACUCAUCAACUAUCAAGAUAUUUUGGAAACUCCAAAAGAGUAAGGAAGAUCGAAAACUUAUGGGAGGAUGACAAUCAAGGAAAUAUACAGCUCACGUGUUGAGGAAGAUUUCCUCCCUACCCCCCAGACUUUACAGGCGCUGGACACUGCAGCAUCAAAGAGAAUGGCAGAUAUUCUCACCGAAUCAACCUUCUCUGGUUCUAUAACAGAGCAGACGACUCGUAUUCCCUCGCUGACUUGUGAAAACGGAAUCCUUCCUCAGAAUAAUGUAUUGAAAACGAAACCAACAGUGACGACAAAACAACGUCAGAAUGGACAUCUUAGAUCAUUUUCAGGAACGCAGCAUGGACGUUCAAAUCAGAGAAAGGUUGACAUGGACUUUCAGCAUGACAAAAAAUGGACGGCCAAAUUUUACGAGUCAUUUGAGGACCCGCCACUUUGGACUUCCAUAAUGACGUAUAUUAGUUUUCUAAUACUCAUUCUUGUCGGACAUGUACGAGAGUUUCUGAAAAAGCUAGGAAUUGGAAGAGUUAAAAACAUAUCGGAACCAAACAUUCCGGGUUUUGUUCCCCUGUACCAGACCUGGGAGAGUUUUUAUCACUGGUACAUCUUCAGAAGAGGCAAGGAUACACUAUAUCGGGCUAUCUGCAGUGUCCCCGGAGCCGAGAUGGACGUCAUGGAUCGCGUAACGGACGAUCAUUACUGGACAUUCCGGUAUACGGGAACCUGUACUAGAGCCAUUAACUUUGGAUCAUACAAUUACCUUGGAUUUUCUCAAAAUAGUGGACCAUGUGCAGAGGCUGUAGAGAAGACAGUCAAAGAACUGGGGAAUGCCAUUUGCGCUAGCAGGCAAGAAUUAGGCUAUCUUCAAAUUCACAAAGAACUGGACGAGCUUGUUGCAGAUUAUCUCGGUGUUGAGGCUGCCAUUACCGUUCCAAUGGGGUUUGCCACCAAUUCUAUGAACCUUCCAGCACUUGUGGGCAAGGGCUGUCUAAUCUUGAGUGAUGAGCUGAACCACGCCUCUUUGAUCCUGGGGUGUCGACUGUCUGGGGCUCAAAUAAGGACCUUCAAACACAAUUGCAUGGAAGACUUAGAAAAGAAAUUACGAGAAGCCAUCAUAAAUCAAGAACCCAGAACUCAUAGAACAUGGAAAAAGAUUCUCAUAGUUGUUGAAGGAAUUUACAGCAUGGAAGGCUCCAUAGUAAAAUUACCAGAUGUGGUUAGAUUAAAAAAGAAGUACAAAGCUUACGUUUAUUUGGAUGAGGCCCACAGUAUAGGUGCUAUUGGAUCGCACGGAAAAGGCGUGGUGGAUUAUUUUGGAAUGAAUCCCAAAGACAUUGAUAUUAUGAUGGGAACGUUUACAAAGAGUUUUGGUGCUGUCGGGGGUUAUAUAGGCGGAUCUAAGCAAUUGAUAAACCAUCUUCGUCUACGUUCACAUUCCGCCAUUUACUCCAGUACUGUGGCGCCCAGCAUCGUUCAGCAGAUUAUUUCCUCCAUGAACAUCAUACUGGGCCGUGAUAACACCAGAGAUGGCAUUAAAAGAAUAAAUCAACUAAAAUGGAAUACAAGAUAUUUCCGACGGCGACUGCAAGAAAUGGGUUUCAUAGUAUACGGGAACAAAGAUUCGCCUGUGGUUCCUAUGGUUACGUUCUCGCCAGCCAAAGUUGUGUACUUUUCGCGGUACUGUCUGGAACAUGGUAUAGGGGUUACCGUUGCUGCGUUUCCUGCUGUGCCGUUGGAGAAGAGUCGUAUACGAUUCUGUUUAUCUGCAUCUCAUACCAAAGAAAUGUUAGAUAAGGUACUGCAAAUGACUGACAUGUUGGGAGACUUGCUAGGCUUGAAAAUUUCCAGGAAGGGACCAGCAAUCUAUGAUGAUGCAGAUAACGAGAGUGACUAGAUUUCAGAAAAGUAAAAUGGUGGAAGUUGUGAACGUCGUUAAAUGUUAGAGAAGACUAUGCACUCGAUUAAUUGUAUUCAGUUAUGGCAUAAGAGUGCUUUUGUUUCUUUAAUACUCAUUUUCCUCAUUAUAUUAUCACCUGGUUUGGUCUGGGAGGCAUGUAAUGGGGACAUUUAAGUUCUAGUCAAAUUACAUAACAACGAAUUGAUUUUGUUCGUUUUUGUUUUAUGAGAGAACAGGAGUGGAUGAGUAUAAUUUUGUGCUUCUCAGAGGUUUUUGACAAAUACACUGUAAAUGACAUUGAUUAAUAAGAAUGGACAUUUAUACUUAAUAAACACAUAUUUAAUAGAAAAGUAGUAAAGAAUGAGCAAUGAUGUAUUCAGAUAGAUAGACUUCUGAAUAUUAAUGAGUUGAAUCAAGAAAGGAAUUUGAAUAUUUAAAUGAGUUAAGUAGUUAAUGUACUUAUUACAUGUAUUAGAUUUCACAAUAUAUAUGAUUUACUACUGAAACUUCUUCCCAAGUAAAGGAGUCAUAAUAGUUACAACAACGUUUACAAGUGUGUAAAUCUAGCUGUGAUUGAUUCAUUAUUUGUUGUGAACCAAAAAUUAUUGUUUGAUUUUGUGAUAUAAUUGAUAACAUGUACCAAACUUUUCCUAUGUUCAACUGCAUCUUUGCAUAUUAUUUUAACAUGUUAACGAGAAAUAGAUAAAGUAUGUAAUGUAUGCAGAUUCUACAUCGGUUCAAUGAGACUCAAUGAAGUACUUCUUAAAUGUGUGUCUUUAAUUUUAGAUUUUGAUGUAAACGAAGGGAAACAACGUGACUUUGAUCUUAGAUUCAGCACCUUUCCCCUCUUCUGAUUUGCAUGGGGACCAAUUGCACGUUUUAAAAUAAACAAUUAACCUUUUAAUUGAUAGAUAGGUAUAUAUAUUAAACUAAUUUUGAUAAUAUGAUGGGUAAGAAAGACCUUUUCGGGUAGAUGAUAUACAAGCAGUUUACACCUAUAUCAAAGUGCAGUAUUGACAACAUUUAACAUGUAUGUGUAUGAUUUUAAUGAUUUUUUUAUUUAUGUAUACUAUGUAUUAACCAAAGACUGUAAGCUAUGGAAAUUUCUUAAAAUAUGAAGAAUGAUUCUGGAAAUUACAUCUUCAGUAUGACACAGGUUAAUAUAGAAGGCCCUUUGCUUAAAAUUCACCAUCUCAUCAUUAGAAAUGACAAAGACAACGAACAAAAGUGAAAAAAAGCUUGAUAGGCCAGAAGACAUUAAAAAUCUGCUUUGACUGAAGGAAAAGAUGAAAAAUAGUUGAUUGUAGCUACUCUGAUCAACGAUGUCAUCAAUCAAAAAAUAGAAUCUCAGUGGGGGUUUUCAUUAGCCUAACUUUAAACUCUAAAGUUCGUUCUUUAGAAUCGUAUAAAUUAAGUUGCAUAGCAAAAACUCAAAUAUAGCCCAAAAAAAUUAUACUUCUGUAAUUUUUUAGAUAAAGUUUCUGGUUCCACAGACUUUCUGUACAAUUUUCAAUCUAGCUUCUCGAGUCUAUUGUAAACGUACAUCUUUUCCUUAUUUGAUGCAGCAACCAUGCUACAAUGUUUUUGUUUUUUUUAAUGAUAUUUUAAUAUGUCUGUAGUUUUAAACUCGUUUGAAUUGUGUUUGAAAUAACGGAAUACUUGUUAAAAAUUGAUACAUGAAUUCUCCUGAAGAAAAAGAAGGGGGGGGGGGGGCUUAGGUGUAGAGAGACCGAAAGCAUUUUUGAAUCUAGAAUGACUGAGAAAAUUUUGAAUAAAGAAUUCUAAAUACUUUGAUUUUAUACAUACAAUUAAAUUAAAAAAUCGUUUUUAUAAGCUCACCUGAGCUAAAGGUUCGUGAACUUUUUUGAUCAAAAUGUGUCCAUUGCAUUGUGUUGUUGUCAUCGUCGUAAACUUUUUACAAUUUCAUCUUCAUCUCCAGAACUACAGGGCGAAUUUCAACCAAACUUGCCACAGAAGAUCCUUGGGUAUAAAGAAUUCAAGUUUGUUCAAAUGAAGGGUCACACUCUUUUUCCAAGGGGAGACAAUUAAGAAAAAGUAAAAAAAAAAUUGUGGGGUCAUUUAUAAAUCUUCUCAAGAACCACUAUGCCAGAAAAGAUAUAACUUUUGUGAAAGCUUCCUGGCAUAGUGUAGAUUUAAGUUUGUUCAGAUCAUGACCCCCGGGGGUAGGGUAGUGCUACAAUGGACGAUCAAAGUUUUACAUGGUAUGAAGAGGGAAAAUCUUUAAAAAUCUUUUCAAGAAUAGGAAAGCCAUGCUUGAUCACAUUUACAUCGAAGCAUCCCUAGAUAGUGUAGAUUCAAGUUUGUUCAAAUCAUGACCCCAGGGGUAGGGUGGGGCUACAAUAAGCAGUCAAAGUUUUACAUGGGUAUAUAUAGGGGAAAAAACUUUAAAAAUCUUCUCAAGAACAACACAGCCAGGAUCAGUCAUAUUUAAAAGGUAACAUCAUCAUGUAGUGUAGAUUUAAGUUUGUUCAAAUCAUCAACCAUGGGGAUAGGGUUUAUACAUAAAAAUAUAUUGGGAAGAUCUGUAAAAAUCUUCUGAAGAAGAACAGCAAAGUCAUGAUCAGUCAUAUUUAUACGGAAUUAGCCACAGGUAGUGCAUAUUCAGUUUGUUCAAAUAAUUAUCCCCCCCCCCCCCCCCACCGGAAUAGGGUUGGGCCACAAUGGACAAUCAAAGUUUUACAUAGGAAUACAUAGAAAAAUCUCUUUCCCAGUAACAGCAAAGUCACCAUUAGUCAUAUUUUUAUGGAAGCAUCCUCAAAUAGAGUAGAUUCAAGAUUGUUCAACCAUUACCACUGAGGGUAGGGUGAGGCUUCAAUGGGCGAUCAUUUUUAAAUGGAAAUAUUUAAGAAAAAGAAUCGGCUGAUGAAGUACAACAAGGGCCCUGGCUACUCAGGUGAGCGUUGUGGCCUAUGAGUCUAUUGUAUUCUCUACACAAGUGCAUCGCAUUCUUUAUUAUUAAUUUUAUUCUAGAGUUAAAUUAUUCGACUAUGGUUCUUAUAACAAUUGUUUUGUAUUCUGUGCUUUGCUGUCACAUUUUAUCGAAUAAAAUUAUAUAUUUCAACCAUUUCAGAAAAGUCGCAA